AUGAGCUGCCAGGGUAUCGGUCUUAGACAGGUGCAUGUGCUGCUCCUAUGGGAGGGGGUCGCUCUGGGCCUGUGCUGCUGCUGGACCUGGGCUGGGGUUGCUGGCGCCUCGGCCGGACCCAGUGAUGCUGGGCCCAUGGGCUGGCUGCUGUCGGGCAAAGGGCCCUUCCACGACUCCCUGGAGUUCACAGAGUCUGUGGCGAGAUACCAGCAGGGCUACACCACCAGAUACAAGAUCUACAGGUGA